AUGGUGAAAAAGGAGGCAGAGGAACGCUGGCCAAAACUUCCAGGUUUCAUCCAGUCGGCAAAGCAGGCGACGGGCCAGGUGCAGAGCGAAGAAACGCAUUUCGAGCUCUUGCUUCACAUCCAGGCCAUUGCAUCCGAGCAGGGGCGCGGCGGGUCCGUAAUCGACUGGGCGAGGGUGAAGACCGAGGCGAGCAAAUCGGAAUCGAAGUACGUUGGCGAUAUCGACGCAUGCGCUGACUUCGUGGCGAAAUAUGGCGGGGGGUCCCAGGGCCAGUUCAUCAAGGACCUCGUGCAGUUCGUGUCAAGGUGCGCGCCCGCUGGGCGCCUGGUGGGCGGGUACGUGUUCGAGACAUUGUGCAAGGCAAAGCUCGCGGCGACGGAGAUGAUGCCCCACCUGGUAAUGGCCGUCGUCAAGGCUCACGUGAACGGCCCCCCCGAGUCCGUGCAGAGUCGAAUGUGCAGGUUUGUGACCCGCUCAGAGAUCGUGUCCCUCUUCGCCAGCACGGAGGCGAAGUCUAAAGCGAUGGCAGCAGAGAAGGCCCUGCGGCGGCAUCUUCAUAGCGUUUCCAGGCAGAUCGAUAUCGAUACGAUCGAACGCAUUCCGAUCAUAGGUAAGGCCGACCAGUUAAUAGCAAUGUUGUUGUUAGGGAAAAAAGUGGAUGAACCAUACGCAAACAUCGAGUGCGUCGCUCACGAGUGCAUCGAGGCAUUGAAGGCGAAGCAACAUGGUACCAUCGAGAUCGACAAUCCGUAUACCUGCCAAUCGGUCCAGAACGACAGCGGUGCCGAUGAGGACUCCGUCAAGCAGACCCCCUUCAGUGGCAUGCUGCAGUACGACGCCAGCACGGGGGAGCUGGCGAACGCUAACAUCUGCAUCUUGGAGCAGAGAGGGUUUAAGGUUGAUGACACCAUCAAGCUGAAGAAGGACGAUGAAGGUGCAAAGGCGCGGCCGAGCUACGGGGAAAACGUGGAAAUAGCUUCGGUGUCGGAGGAUGGCGUUCGGAUUCGGGAGGUGAUGCAGAAUGGCUCCUUGCACCACAUCGUUAUUCGGUGCCCCAUUCCAACGUUCAUCGAGAAGUACUGCUUUACUACAACCAAGAAAGAGUUGCUCGCUGGGUGGCCAGAUGACGCAGCUUCUAAAUCUACCCGUCUCGUCGCGAUCAACAUCAAGCCAGCAAUUGCUAUGGCCAUGGUAUCUUUGACGUCGAAAUUCGAAGCCGAUGGGGGCGAUCUGAUGGCAGUCAGCAAACCCAACGUGGGCAUUUUCUCCAGGAAGAAGUUCCAGGCGAAAAAGUUGAUCAUCGUGCCGACGGCUCUGACCAUCAAGCAGUGCGGCGAGAGCGAUCGCCCCUACUUCGAUGUGCCCAGCUCUGAUGAGAGGAUCGCGGGGUCCUUCGCCCUCUCGGACCCUGGCGCUAAAGCGCCGAGCCUUGCUUUCAAGAUCAGGCACGUGGACAGCACGGAGUCGAAGCCGAAUUGCGCCAUCACUAAGCACUCGGUGGCCGUAUCUGUGGGCAACGCUAAAGUGUGCGAUCUCAAGGUCCCCGUAGUCACCAACGUCAUGGCUCUGAACGUUGGAGACGAGCUCACGCUUCCCAAGGUCGCGACCGCUGCCCCGAAGAGGCCCCCUCCGCCGACCAUCGAGGUGUCCACCAUGAAGAAAGAAUACGCCGAUAUCGAUAUCCGACACAUGGUGGAUGCUAUGGCCUGGUGCGUGGACAAAGUUGUUCGCGUGCGCGCCCCUCGCAUGGCUUCGCCAGUCAUCCUGGACGAUUGCAGGGAGCCAAACGGUUGUGUAUUCUUUCACCUCAAGGAGAGCUGCGAUGCGGUGAUGAAGCUUCUCGGGCAUCCGCGUUCCAAGGGCGGCAGGUCAUGGAGGAAACGAUUCAGGUCGAACCACGACGAAAUUCAGGGCACCACAACGACGGUACAUGGUCCGACCAUGGGCGACAUCAAGGGCAUCCCUUGCAAGGUCAUUAUCGACAGGCCUGGCGCCCCCCUGUAUGUGCAGCUGGAGGAGGACCUCGUGAUGCACUUGAAGGCGUGCUGCGAGUUCGAGAUCAAGUCGGGAACCGUCCGCAGGCAGCAUCCGUCCGAGAAGGUUCCUGCUGAGCUCAAGGUCGACACUAAGGAGUAUCCUGGGCUGAGCUUCUCUUACACCAAGAGCCAGUUCGUGCUGAAACGUACAGGCGAUGACGGCCAUGUGAGCGUGAGGUACAGGACAGCGAGCCCCGCGGCGGAGGCGAUGCAGUUGUUCGAAUCAGCUCAGGCAGGUGAGGACUCUCAGAGCAAUGCUGGCACCUCCGACGGCGUUGCCGCCGACGACGAGAAAGAGGAGCUUGUCGAAGUCGAGGACGACUGA